AUGCAACGACUAAAGAAUAUUUUCUCCGCCAUGGUCACUCCAGCACAGUCUGUUGAAAUGGACCCCUCAAUUUUCUUCGGCUCAAAGUGGUGGACAAUCAAUGAUAAUGUCAUGGGAGGCGUCAGCACAGGAAAAGUGGAGAAAAUAGACGAGAUGCUAAAAUUCACCGGACAAUUGUCGAACGAUUUCAACGGCGGAUUCGCGAGCUGUCGGACGAAAUUCAAGGCCGGGACAAUGAAAGGUUUCAAAGGGAUUGAAGUCGAAGUCAAAGGAUCCGCACGAACUUUCCAAGCCAGAUUCAAUCCUGCUUUUUCGACUCAACUCGGUCGAUACUCGCGGGGUUCGUACAUGACGACUUUUGACGUGACUGAAGAAUGGCAGCUCAUCCGAAUUCCGUUCGAAAAGACCACUUUCGACUGGAAGGGCCAUCAGAUCAAGGACGUACCGAAAAUAAAACCUGAAACUCUUGUCGGAUGCGGUUUUCUACUCUACGAUCAAAUUUACGACAAACCAUUUGAAUUGUACUGCAAAAACAUGAAGGGAUACAAAUAA